AGUGAACUGAAAGGGAAACGUUGGAAACACACACAGAAAGCCGAGCAUAGAGAAACUGAAAAUGAUCAAAAUUAUGAAUUGGUUUUCCAUGGCGAUUGGACUGAUUCCACUGAAUCGCCAGCAAUCGCAAUCGAAUGUAAUAUUCGACUAUGCCAUGAUGUCGAUUGUGCCCGUCUUCUAUCUGGGCUGCUAUUUUCUCAUCAAUCUGAGGCAUGUGUUUGGUCUCUGUUUCCUGGACGCGUGCAACAGCGUCUGCCGCUUGAGCAACAAUCUUUUCAUGCAUCUGGGUGCCUUUCUCUAUCUGACUGUCACCCUGAUGAGCCUGUAUCGACGCAAGGAAUUCUUUUUGCAGUUCGACGAGCGACUGAACGCCAUUGAUGCCGUCAUCCAGAAGUGUCGACGCGUUGCAGAGAUGGACAGGGUAAAGGUCACAGCGGUGAAGCACAGUGUGGCAUACCACUUCACCUGGCUGUUCCUCUUCUGUGUGUUUGCAUUCGCCCUGUACUACGAUAUCAGGGCACUAUAUCUCACUUUUGGUAACUACGCUUUCAUACCGUUUAUGGUGUCAAGUUUCCCGUAUUUGGCCGGCAGUAUCAUCCAGGGGGAGUUCAUCUAUCAUGUGUCCGUCAUUUCGCAACGCUUUGAGCAGAUUAACACAUUGUUCGAGAAAAUUAACCAGGAGGCCCGCCAUCGUCAUGCCCCACUCACCGUGUUUGAUAUUGAGAGCGAGGGCAAGAAGCAGGAGCGUAAGAACCUAACGCCAGCCACGGCCAUGGACUCGAGAGGCGCCGCCGCCGCCGCCGCCACAUUUGGCAAUGAGCAAAAGUUGUCAAGCGAAAUGAAACGUCAAAUGGCUGCGCCACCGCCACCGCCGCCGCCGGGCCAACAAAAGAAUGAAGAGGAUGAAAUGGAUAGCAGCAAUGAUGAGGACGAGGACGAUUUUGAUUAUGACAAUGCGACCAUUGCUGAGAAUACAGGCAACACAUCGGAGGCCAAUCUGCCGGAUUUGUUCAAGCUGCACGACAAAAUUCUAUCGCUCAGUGUCAUAACCAACGGCGAAUUCGGACCCCAGUGUGUGCCCUAUAUGGCUGCCUGCUUCGUGGUCAGCAUUUUUGGCAUCUUCCUGGAGACCAAAGUCAAUUUCAUUGUGAGCGGCAAGAGCCGACUGCUCGACUAUGUGACAUACUUGUAUGUCAUCUGGAGCUUCACGACCAUGGUGGUGGCCUACAUUGUGCUGCGGCUGUGCUGCAAUGCCAACAAUCACUCCAAGCAAUCGGCCAUGAUUGUGCACGAGAUAAUGCAAAAGAAGCCGGCCUUUAUGCUCAGCAACGAUCUAUUCUACAACAAGAUGAAAUCGUUCACCCUGCAGUUCCUGCACUGGGAAGGCUACUUUCAGUUUAAUGGCAUUGGUCUGUUUGCCCUGGACUACACAUUUAUUUUUUCGACCGUGAGUGCCGCCACAUCCUAUUUAAUUGUCCUGCUGCAGUUCGAUAUGACGGCCAUUUUGCGCAACGAGGGCCUCAUGUCAUAAGCGAUGGGUCCCCGUAAAUUCAAUUAUCGAGCAGCAAUUUUGAACACCAUUUACUUACUAGCACAAUUU